AAGCACAGAUCCCGCAAGUCGACCCACCUGGCACUCCAACUAGUGGGUCCGUGGGGCCCUUGAGCGCCAGUCUUAAAAGGUCCACUUCUUCUCGUGCCGACCAGACCAGUCGACCGUCGACCCCUCAACUCAACCGCCGGCAGUUUAUUUUAUACCACCUCUGACCCUCCUCCGGCGAGCCCAGCUCCUUCCUUCCCGCCCGCGGCCCGCAUGGCCCCCACCGCAGACGACCUCGCGGGGCCGCCAGCGCCGCCGCACCCUCCUCGCCCACCUCCGCCGCCGCCGCCAUCGCGGGCUCCUGCCGAGACCCCGACCCCGACGAACCACGCGGCGGCGAUCUCGUCGCCGCUGCUGCAGCCCCAUCCCGCGCCCGGCGCAGCCGCGGACGCGCCGCUCUCGCGGUGGCUGCGCCGGCUCGAGGCGUUCCUGUCGGCGGCGGGGCUGGCGGCGUCGACGCCGCUGGGCGUGGCGGCGGCCGCCUCGGCGCUGGCCGUCGUGGGCCUGGCGCUGCCGGCCGCCGCCGUCGCGCUCUCCCCGUGCCGCGGCGGCGCCGCCGCAUGCGGCGACUUCGAGGUCGAGGUGUUCGAGGUCUGCGUCCUGCUCUCGCAGGCGGCCGCCGCGGCCGUUGCGCUCGCCUGCGUCUCGCGCAAGGUGGCCGUGCACGGCCUCCGCAGGUUCCUCUUCGUCGACCCGGACCUCGGCAUGCGGAUCCGCUUCCAGAAGGAGUACGUCGCCAGGAUCCAGGACUUCUUCCGCACUCUGACGUGGUGGAUAGUGCCGUGCCUAGCCGUGAAGGUGACCCGGGAGGUCUCCCGCUUCGCGCACAUCCUGCAGCAGGGGUCGUCGUCGGCCUGGACCUGGAGGGCCUGCGCGGUGCUGUUCGCGUCCGUGGCGUCGUGGACGUACCUGACGACGAUCAUCCUGUCGUCCUGCAUGCUCUUCAACCUGGUGUGCAGCCUGCAGGUCAUCCACUUCGACGACUACGGCAAGCUGCUGGAGCAGGACGCGGACCCGCUUGUGUACCUCAAGGAGCACCUGCAGCUCCGCCACAACCUGUCCAAGAUCAGCCACAGGUUCCGCGUGUUCCUCCUCCUGCUCUUCCUCUCCGUCACCGCCGGCCAGUUCGCCAUCCUCUUCAAGACCACGGCGUACAGCGGGCCGAUCAACUUCACCAACGGAGGGGACAUCGCUGUGUCUUCGGUGGUUCAGGUGGUCGGCCUCGUCCUCUGCCUGCACGCCGCUGCCAAGAUCUCCCACCGAGCUCAGAACAUCGCUGCGCUGGCUAGCCGGUGGCACGCGCUGGCGACGUGCUCUACCGACUCCACCUACGUGACCACCCCGAACAGUUCCGGGAACCUCGCGCCUUUCCCCGCGCACCUGUUCCUGAGAGACUACUCGGGGAGUGACCUGGAGUCCCUGGACAGCGCGUCGGUUCAGGGCAGCUCCCACGGCACGGCCCAGCUGGCCUCCUACAUGUCCUCGUACCACAAGAGGGAGUCGCUUGUGCUGUACCUGCUGGCCAACCCAGGCGGCAUCACGAUAUUUGGCUGGAUCGUCGACCGGGCGUUCCUGAACACCAUCCUGAUGCUCGAGCUGACCCUUGUGCUCUUCGUGCUUAGCAAGACCGUUGUGAUCCCGGCCAAGACACUGGUGCACAGUUACAUCGGCUACCCAUGAUUACGACCAGAUUCAGGUUCAGGUUCAGUUAGGCGAUGGGAUUUGAUGACAGGCAGGUUGCCGGGGUUUGCACGCUACGGUGAAUGAAACUGGUAGGAAUGGUGGGUCUCCCCCCUCAAGCGCAGAUCAUAUGCGCUGGCAAUCCAAGCAUGCCGCAGGUUGAAGGCAGGCUGAGGGCUAGGGUCGUGACGUGUACAGUUUUUUUGGGGAAAAAAAUCUCUACAGCCGGUUGCAGAAAGCGGUCCUGCAGGUUGCAAAGCAGGUUGCUUCAGAUUUACACUUCUGCACCAAUCAAUGAUCAGAGAUUGUUUUUCUCUGCAGCCAGUUGAAGAGAAUUUCUCCCGGUACAUAUACUACUAAUACUAUAAACCAAUAUAUGUAUUAUUGUACGUAUACACGCACGCAAUGUAUAUGCACUCUUAUAAUAAUAUAAACUAAUAUACUACCUCCGUUCACAAA